GUGUAGGUUAAUUUAAAUAUGGCGGUUUUGAUUUGACUUAUUUUGAUGAAAACAUUUGUGCGAAUUUAUUGUGUCCAUUAUUUGUUGUAGUGUGAGCAAAAAUAUUUUUGGGAAUAUUCCAUUAACAAAUAUGGAUCUGGAAACUUUUUGCCGUGAACUUCCAAAAGUUGAAUUGCAUGCGCAUCUCAAUGGAUCCCUAAGUCGUUCUACAAUGCUGCAACUGAAAAGAUAUCACGCCGACAGCGGACUAGCAGAUAAAACGAAUGCUUUCUUUGACGAAUUUCAAAUUGGAUCGGGAGAUACGAGAAAUUUGUCAGAUUGUUUCCAAGUAUUUGGCAUUGCACACAGUCUGACUAGUACUCCAGAGACAUUAGCUCUUGCUACUAAGCUGACUCUUCAAGAAUUCCAAGAUGAUGGCUGUUGCUACAUAGAACUGCGCAGCACUCCACGCGACACACAGUUUAUGGACAAAAGACAAUAUAUUGACACUAUUGUAAAGGCUAUACAAAAAUCUUCUAUUCACCUGACAAUGAUUACUAGACUCAUAGUCUCCAUAAACAGAAAUUCUUCACUGAAAGACGCCGAAGAUAUUUCAACCAUUGCAAUAGAGUUCCAUAAAAAGUACCCAGAUAUAGUAGUGGGUAUUGAAUUAAGCGGGGACCCAACUGUUGGGAAUUUUAAAGAUUUUAUUCCUGCACUCUCAAAGGCAAAGAAUACUGGCUUGAAGAUAACUCUACACUGCGGUGAAGUGUGUAAUCCAAAAGAAGUCCUGGAAAUGAUUAUGUACAAACCAGACCGGAUUGGUCAUGGUACUUGUAUACAUCCAAAGUACGGUGGUACAGAUGAAGCAUGGAAGAAACUUUGUGAAUUAAAAAUACCUGUAGAGGUGUGCCUGACCAGUAAUGUUAACACAAAAUCUACUUCAGAUUAUGAGUCUCAUCAUUUUAAGGAUUUAUAUGAUGCUGAUAUUCCACUUAUUAUAUGCACUGACGAUAAAGGUGUCUUUGCGACAUCAUUAUCUCAAGAGUAUAGACUCUGUGCCGAAACUUUCAAGCUAACUCGAUCGCAGCUUUCCAGAUUAGCUCUGAAUGCCUGCCAAUAUGUUUUUGCCGAUGAUUCCAGGAAAAAGCUUAACGAUAAAUUGCUCAAUUUCAUUGAUAAAAACGAACUUUAGUUAUUAAAUAUUCCUUAAAACGUA